AUGAGCUUCACCAGGCAGUGGCUCCAUUUCUUCCUGCGUCGGGUCCACAGCGGAGUUAAUCCACCACCAGUGCCUACUCCCCCCACAGAUAAUUACGGUGUGGGGCUCAUUCAUGAUGCAGCCGGGUCCUCACAACAAGCACAUGAUGAAGGCCAGCCGGGAUCCUCUCAUCUCGCCCCACAUCAGAGAGAGGUGGGCCAAAACAAGCUUGUGUCUAUACUCGAACAGCACCUUCGUACGCACUGUUCACAACAAGCUAUAACCGAAAAAGAUCCCCAAGUCAAAAAUUGGACGCAAGAGGAUUUCCACUAUCUUGCUCAACAUAUGGCCAUUUCAGAAUUCGACUCCGACACAAAGACCAAUAAUGAAAUGGGAGAUCUUGCCAAACACAUUCGGCCGUAUAAAAGAGUAAAAACUCUUUUGGAUCAGUAUUUGGACAAACGAUUUUCAGAUGACUAA